UUGGAUGCAUCUCAUUCCAAUGUUUGUAAACAUUUCCUGCCCCGGGCUCGGCGGAGCGGCCUCCCACGGCAGAGUAUUUAGGCUAAAAAAACACUAUAAAAGAAGAAAGAACUGGGAUAUUUUCAUAGACCUAAGGACGGUUGAAAAGUCUUCGCCUCAUCAUGUUUUCUUCAUCUUCAAAUAACCUGAGCAAAGUUCACACAAACCAGACAAAGUUCAUGCAAGAAAGAAUAGCUGGCGUUGAAAAGCAUUUUGGUCAGAUCUGCACUUCCCUUGGGGCCUACACAAGGAAAACAGCACGCUUAAGGGACAAAGGAGAUGAAGUAUCUACAGCCCUUCUACGCUAUGGAGAGGUGGAAAACCUUAACAAAAGCCUGCGAUCAUCUCUCUGUGAAACUGCAGACACUUUAGCUGCAGUUCAAGAUUUCAGAAAUGUUGAGGUGGAGAGAUUAGAAUCAAGGGUUGUUGGAGAGCUCGCUCUGUAUGAGGGCGUGUGUAAAUCGGCCAGAGACGAACUGAAGAGGAGCUUUAACACCAGGCAACAGGAAAUGAACCACAGAAGAAACCUGGAGAGAGCCAAGAGCAGACACCCACAGAAUAGACAGCAGAUUGCCAUUGCAGAAACAAAGCUCCAGAAGGCCACAGUUGAAGCGAAACGAGCGUGUGAGAACAUUGAGGAGCAGAUGGACCAGUUCGAGCAGAGAAAAGUGACAGAUUUGAAGAGAAUAUUGAAGGAGUUUAUUCAGACUGAACUAGCCUUCCAUGCUAAAGCUGUGGAGCUAUACACAAAGGCCUAUAACCAGAUCUCCAACAUAGAAGAAGAGGAGGAUCUUGAGGAAUUCAGAAAUGCCUUAAAGGGAGACGCGGCAGCAAGAGCCGAAGUGCUAGGAGUUGGAAGGGGGUCCUCUCUUUCUCCUGUUAUAAAGGGUCCUCGAGAGAAAAGUGACUCCUCAAAAAAGCGAGAUCCGAAGAAAAUGAUGGAAAAAUUGAAGAUAGAGGAUUAUGAAGAAAUUAAUGGAGAUACAUCAAGUGAAGAGGAUUAGACCUUUGUCUACUAAAAUCCUACCAUUCUCCCUGUCAGUGUUAGAGAUAUUUUAUUUAUCAUGAACAGUUAUCAGUAAUGUGUAGAAACCUUUUUUUUUUUAAUAGAGAAGUUGAUCAGUCAUAAUUAUCCAAGUUUCAGUGUAAUGAAAGAAGAAUGGAAUAGUAAAUUGAAUAUUUAUUGGGAAAAUUAUGCAUAUAUAUGGAGCACUCCACAAACCUCAUUUAACAAACCACACAUGUGAAGAGUUGUAGAAAAGAAGUGAAAUAAGAUGUUAGUUGUGCAUAAGUCUAUGAGUCAUAUAAUAAUAACUGCAUUUUAAGA